AUGCCUUCGAAGGUGUCAUGUUUAGACCUUCUGACAGUGGUGUGCUGGGCGAGCGCUCCGUGGUACCUGAGUAUAUCUCGUCCAACGUCCACGUAUGUCGGCCACAUGUCCCUGUCCAUACGGAAGGCUGUGGAACCCCCCCAAAACAUCACCUUCACCUACAUCCGCACCCGCCCCCUCAACCCACACGGCUUUGAGUUUGUCAUCAACGAGGCCAAGAAGUGCGAAGGCGACGCUCCCUUCCUGGUCAUCCUCAUCAGCACCAGGCACAAGGAGUUUGACGCGCGGCAGGCCAUCCGGGAGACAUGGGGCAACGAGAGCACCUUCGGAGACAUCCGCAUCCUAACCAUCUUCCUGCUGGGGAGGAACACGGACAACGUCCUGAACCAGAUGGUGGAGCAGGAGAGUCAGAUCUUUCACGACAUUGUGGUGGAGAACUUUAUCGAUUCGUACCACAACCUCACCCUCAAGACCAUGAUGGGUAUGCGCUGGGUGACGACCUUCUGCCCCAAGGCGCAGUACAUCUUGAAGACAGACAGCGACAUCUUCGUCAACAUGGACAAUCUGAUUUACAAGCUCCUGAAGCCCUCCACCAAGCCGAGAAGAAGGUAUUUCACUGUCUACGUGAUAAACGACGGUCCCAAAAGGGAUAUGCGCAGUAAGUGGUACAUGCCCAGAGACUUGUACCCCGAUAAUAAAUAUCCUCCAUUCUGCUCGGGCACCGGCUACGUGUUCUCGUCAGAUGUGGCCGAGCAAAUCUACAAGACUUCGCUCCACACGAGACUGUUGCACCUCGAGGAUGUGUACGUGGGACUGUGUUUGCGUAAGCUGGGUAUACACCCUUAUCAGAACAGGGGUUUCAAUUCCUGUAAAAUGGCCUACAGUCUGUGCAGGUACAGGCGGCAUAUCACCGUCCACCAGAUCUCCCUGGAGGAGAUGCACCACAUAUUCAAUGACAUGUCCAGCAAGAAGCACGUGAGAUGUUAG